AUGUCUCACCAUUCGUUACCCUCUCCUCGUGCUGACUUCAACGAUCCCUCGGUGUCGCCACGCCCUCCUCGGGUGCUGCUCGUCGGGAAUCUCUGUCACGACGCUAUCACGCUGAAAUCGGGGAAAACGGUCGAGGCGUUAGGCGGCUCGGUCGCGUACAUCUCGCGCGUGCUCGACGCAGUCGGUGUGACGUCGCAAUCCGUCGCAAAGGUCGGCUCGGAUUUCAAGUACUGUGACGCGCUGGGCCCGAAUUGCCGGCCGGUAGUGGUGGGUGGGGACGAGUCGGAGAGAAGGGGGUCAAACGGCCCUGCAGGGACAGCAGCAGCCAAGACGACCAAAUUCUUCGCGGAUUUCACUGGCUCUGACCGCGUGCUUACAGCAGGCCACGUGUGCGAAGCCAUAGAACCAGCAGAUCUCCCCAGCUUCUCAUGCUCAUGUCCUUGCCCAUGCGGAUGCCAAGAUUCAUAUCCAUUGGCGAAUCCUCAUCCUGAUCAUCCCACUCCACCUGAUGCUGCUGCCACUUCCGCUGGGGAGGACUGUGACUAUAACAAAAGUGACUUAAGACGACCAGUUGGUGGUCAGAGUGCAGGAAGCUGCUCUCACGAGCCGAUGUUUGAUGUGGGAGUGGCUGCUGGUGUGGCGGGGGAGGUUCCACCAGCAACAGUGCGACACAUUGCAGAAAUCUCACGCCAUACGGUGGCGGAUCUACAGUCGAUGGUGCGUGACAUUGAUCCUGUGACAGGGGCUGUUGAAUUGCUGCAUCUUGAGAAGACCUCUUUUAUGGGUCUCCUUCCGCGGAUAUCAUAUCUUAAGGUCGCCAGUCAUGAAGCUGCUUUCCUGGAUAUCAAGAAAUGUGCUCAGCUGCUUGGCACAGCCCCGGCUAGGAAUGCGGUAGAGAAAUGCAAUGGUAGUACAGAUAAUACCAUUGGAGGAGCUGUGCUGCUGACUCAAGCUGAAAAAGGGUGUACAGUCAUCACAAGGUAG